AGGACGAGAGGGGCACGUAGCGCGUCGUUGCACGGAAACACAACGAGUGUGGUACGUGCUAGUGGCACGGCCCCCGGUGUGCUCACUCCGCAGUGCUGGUGUGUCGUGACUAAUAUUAAAACUCAUACGGACUUAAGAUUGAUUUGAAUAAAAUUGAAUCAAUAAGGUGGGGGGGGGGGGAGGAUCGUCAGUUGUCGAUAUAAUUGGAUAAUAGGUAAAUAGUGAAUAGGGGAUAGAUAGGGCCACAUCAAAAUGGCAGACUGGCGGUCUCCCGCGGAGGAAGCCGCGGCCACCGACCUGUGCGACGAGAGUCGCGUGCCGCGUGAACGACACAAAAAGCGCGUAGUGGAGCAUCAGUCUCCGUUGACGGCACUUGUCGUGCAUCAUCGCCAACCACAUCAGGCUUUUGUCCUUGACACAUCGUGCUGCAAUGAUAAAAGUGAAACUAGUGCCAGUGACAAUUGUCGUGAUAGUAGCAUUGAGAAUAUAAGGUGCAAUGGAGUUGUGAUGAGUGAUGAAUGUCGUGUUGAUUUUUACAACGAGCCCAAGGAUAACAAUGAUCUGGUGAACAUUUACAUGUUGAAUGGAAAACCAGUGAACGUUAAGGCCAAUAAAGUAUCAACGGCAAUGGUAACUGGUGAUGAUAAGGUAUUAACUAAUGGUGAUUGUGAUAGAAAAUUAAUGGUGGAGAGGUGUACGACUAAAAUGCCGGAUAAUAGAGGCGAGGGGGUUGUGGUAUUGGUUGAAUUUGGUAAUAGGAGUGAUGGUGAUGCUUGUGACAGUGAUGUGAGUCGUAAGAUUGGUGAUGCUGAUGCCAAUUCCACUGUUGUUGAUGCUGCGGCUGCGGCUGUUGCUGUUUCUGCAAUACCAGAAACAAUGAAGGAAAUCAAACAGAAUAAGCAGCAUACGGAUUGUACUGGGAGUGAGGUUGUUGCCAGGCUAGGUAGCCCUUACAAGGGACAGAUCAGAACGGCUGAAGACACCCUCGUUGGACCCUGCGGCAAGAAGCGGUGCGCCGAUCGAUACGACAGCUCCGAGAGCUCCGACAGUGGUGUUGCGAUAUCGUGUGGCGAAUGCAGCAGCAGUGGUACGAGUGAUAUCACUGAGCCAGGAUCACCCUGCAGCACGAGUAGUGACGAAGGAGUUGCAAUAGGGGGAACAACAGUCAGUAGUUCACUGCCAUCGUUGCCCAAACUGGCACCAACAACAUCAUCUAUGCACAAUGGGACCAGGCCCCAGUGGCCAUGGACCCCACCACUAGCUACAACAGCCUGUUCAACAUAUAAGACACACAAGGGAGAACCGGAAGUUGGCACACUGCCAAGGAUUGGCGCUGCUGAUCCUGCUGCCAGGCCUGGAAAGACAACACAAUUGGCAAAACAACAGAAUUAUCACGAACAUCAGGGAAAAAUUACAGAGUAUUUCAAGACGCAGAUAAAACCUCAACAGUUGAAGACUAAAAAAACAACGGGCGAAAUGUCUGUUAUGGUAGCGAAGAAUUCCGAGUUUCGUCGACCUCCGACUGUGCAGAGAAAUAAGGGAGGCCUAGCAAAGUACCUGGGUGUAGUAACACCAAAUGGAAGAAUCGAUCACGACUGGGAAGUAAGAACAAUGACAGUCUCACCAUCACUUGCCAAGAAACUACCAACAGCAUCGCCACGAGUGAGCGUUACAAAGUUGGACAAAAAGCUCAUAUCCAAAGCAAUACCAGGUUUUCCAAUACCAAGCGAAGUGCUAUCGAGUAUUCCCAGCUGCAAGAUAUCAUCACUGAGAUUAACGAGUGAAGCAAGUCCAAAUGCCAGUGGGGGCUCACCGCCAUCGACACCCACGUCAAAUCGUCCAAUUCAGACUGAGCCUGUAGCAUCGAUUGAGUUCGAGGGAACAGCAAAGCCUAUUGUCAAUGAGAAUAACAAUGUAACGAUUUGUAGUGGAAAUCAUAUGAACAGUAAGGAGCAUCCGCUCUCGUGGAUGGUCAAUGGAUUGUUGGAGAAUAGAGAGGAGGAAAAGCCGAGGACAACUUCUAGGGUUGAUGAGGAUGAGGAGGAGGAGGAGGAGGACUCAUCGAGAAGUAGCGAGUCAAAACCAUCGACGAGGAGUAGUGAAUCUAGUUCGCCAAUACUAUCAGCACCUACUACCAUCAGGUUUCCUGCCAGGGUACCAGCUAAAAGUAAUAGUCAAACCAAUGACAGUGGGAUAUGUCGGUGGGAUAAGUGCAAUGCUAAUUUCGAAUGCAGUGGACUACUCCUCGAACACUUGCAGGUUGCCCACAUCAACACGCAAACUGGUGGUGACAAUUUUGUAUGUUACUGGCAAGGAUGUAAAGUUAAAGGAAGGACCUCAUGCUCACGAAGAUGGCUGGAACGACAUGUGCUAUCCCACGGAGGAAAUAAACCAUUCAGAUGUAUAGUCGACGGUUGCGGCAGUCGAUUCAGUUCACAGCCUGCGUUAGAGAGGCACGUAAAUAGUCACUUCAAUCAACCGGAGACGAGUACAAGUAGCAGCAGGAGGAGUUGUGAGAAUGGUGGUAAACUAGUACGGAGAAAUGGAAAGAAAUUAAGAUAUAGGAGACAACCGUGGUCUGCCAGGCUGUUUGAUUAUUUCGACACUGGGGUAAUGGAGGGUCUUCAACACAGACUUCUGGAGCUCGCGAAAACCAGGACUCAGGGCCUGUUGGCAGAAACACCGGGGAAUUCAAUGACCUUAACUAGUCAAGUUUUAGCCAGAAGAGUGGAGAAAGAUGGGAAAGCCAAGGUGCUGGUACGAUGGUAUCCGCAAGACAUUGAGCCGGACGAGUGGCUAUUGGAAUCAGAAGUACAAAGCACGAAGCACAUACGAAUACGAAAAGCCGCAACUACCUCAAUCGAUGAGGUAAGCCUGGUAUUGUACCCCGCAAUUCACGGAGGUCCACCACCAACGACACGAGUGAAACAACGUCGAAAGCCCGUGAAAAAUUCGUGAUAAUGUAGCCAGAAGGAGAAAUAUAUAACAAACAAUCCCACUUAACGUUCCUUUUAUCAUCGAACAAUGGGACACGAACAAAGAUUACGAAGGAGGAAUGACCUAGGAAAUUAGAGCCACUGCCAGAAAACUAUUUUUCAAUGGAGAGAAUGAUCUAAGAUCUUAUCGGCUGAUCAAGAAAGUUGACAUCGUUGGAGGAGAAAAAUUCAGACUGAAGAGGAUUCGUCGCUCGCCUCGCUAUUGAGUUCAAUAUUUUCAAUAGAUCUACUUGUAAAAGACCUGUCGCGAGGUGCAGGGUGUAUCAACAUGUAUCAGGUACAUUAUAAAAGACACAUUUUAUUAUGUAAUUGGUACAGAUGAUGAUAAUUCCCAUUGUCUGUGAUUCAUUUCUCAAAAGAGUCUAACAGUGCCAGGUUUGAUCCAAAAAAGUGCCUCACCCCUUGGAAUGUAGCAAUUGCUGGCUUGGCAUCAAAUCAAUGCAGAGAAUUCAAAUGUCUGGACAAAACUCAUGGAAAUGAUAAAAAAAAUUGUAUAAAGUAAUCACGCCUAAAUUGGAAAGGGAAUUUCAUAAUGAUCUGUUUGAGAUCAAAAUCAAUGAAUUAUUUUUAAUGUUAAGUAUUAGCUAACGAUUAUGCAGAACAAAUUAAAAUUAAAGUAAUGAGAAAUAAUAGGAGCACAAAAAGUCAUAAUCACUCUGGUGGCCUUAUGAACAAAUCGUUUUUUCGAACUUUGAUCCCUGGCGCUGAUAAACACUCGUGUAAUUCAUUCUGCUGAUCGUUUCAAUUUAUUAGAAAAACAAAUUGAAAUAAUCUCUAGAAGGAUUCACAUUGCCUAGAGAAAUGGAUAGAAAUAUAUUCAUGAAGCGAUAUUAUGUGAAUUCGACGAGAGGUGGAUGGUAGUACAAUUUUUUCAAAUCCACUGAGUAUGAAAUUUCAGCUAAAAUCAACAGGUUUUCACUGUUUUACAUAUGAUUCUAAGUCUUUCGCUCUCUUAAGUGAUUCGUUUAACAAUAAGCCUGAGUACAGCAUAAUAAUGAAUUCAGAAUAAUUACUUUGAAUUUUCAAUUAAUUUUUAUAUCAGCUUUGAGCUGUUCUAAUACUAAAUUGACUGUAGAUUAAAUUUCUUUAUUGCUCAAUGUAGCUUUUUCAUUUUUUUGUUGAUCAACUUAUUGAUUCGUCAACGUACUGAAAUUUUUAUAAUACGUCAAAAUUCGUUAAUUGUGUCAAUCGGAUUGGUAAAUUUAUUCUUAAAUUGAUAAUACUUUGAUGAACAAACGAAGCAUGUGAUUUUCGCUGUACGAAUUCAACUACUGAUGAGCUGAUACCCAUUAACAGUGGGUAAAAUUAUGAAGGCUGUGUUUACAUUUUCCACACCUCGCGAUGAGGUAUCUAACAAAUACCAAAUGAACAAUAAUUGUUCUGUGGGGAAAUAAUGUAGAGAGAAAACAUAGAAAAAAACAUAAAAAUAAAAUAAAAAGAAAGAAACAAUGAAAGAGAGGAAAACGGAAUGGAUAAAUGGAAGAUAGAAUGAUGAAGUGUAUACAUUUAUAGUUGAUAGAGAAUUAUUUGUAAAUUAUGGUAAAGUACGACUAGAGAUGAGAUUGUAAGAGCUAGGUUGAAGUGGGUUUAUCGAGCGUCGAGGAUUGUAAUUAGAGUAAGAUAUUGACGAUACGAAAACACACAGACACAAGCACACCAGCUGUGUUACACUGCCAAUACGUGUAUUUAAGAGUAGGUUAAUUGAAUAAUUGAGUAAUAAAUUGUGUGGACCGAUCGUGUAAUCGUGUAGAUCUCCGACCGCAUCAGGUGGCACUUAACAUUUGUCGUACGAUUUUUAAUAAUAGUGUCGACUUAACGGCAACUGCUCCCAAAACUGACUAAAUGAAGAAAAAAAUUAUAAGUUUUUUGUAUUAAAUAGAUUAGCGGAUAAGCAUAAAUGAACGUACGACAAAUGCAUGUUUCUCCUUGUGGUAAUUAUUUUCUGUAAAUAAUUAGGUGAAAUUAUCAUUCGAAUUAUAUGCGUACGUCGAAACCAUGUUUCAGGAGUAAUUCACGUCUAAAGGAUACGUGAUCCCCGACUCUUGUGGAGUCCAAUUUUUCUAACAAUUUUUUCAUUUCGUAUUGUUUUUCAUUUUCUUUUUUCUACGGUUUAGUCUCGUGCGAAAAUUAGUAGUCUUUUUCUAUGAAAUGAUACGCACAAAGGGAGACCCCACUUCAUUCUCAUUGUUGGAAUGAUCGGGUUAAAGGGUUAAAGGACACUGCCAAAAAAAAACUGCCCGUAUUUCUCUUCUUAUUUUUCUCUCAUCACAAUGUUAGUCUGAAUUUUUUUCAUUUUUUUUUUUUGGCACUGCUACACUCAAAAAUUAUGCUGCCAUUUAUUGCGAUAUUACGCGUCAAUUUAUCAUUAGAAUUGUAAACAAGAAUAUUCCACUGCCACUGGAUGUUAAAGACCGUUUCAGACGGCAGAUCAAAUUCAAAUUUGUGUUCACUAUAAUGAGAUCAAUUCUUCGAUGUUCUCAUCUCGAAAUUAUUUUCAUUUCUUUUUUGUUUUCUUAAUUUAAAGGCAUCAGCGAGAAAGGGUCGCACCUUCACUGAUCGGUAGGAAUUUCUCGAUCGACUCAUUAGAAAAAAUUUGUUUCGUGGCUCAAUCGGUUGCCGAUCACAUUUUAAUUCGAAAAUUUUUUGUCAAAUAAAAAGUUAAAAAGUUACUGGGAGAAUUUAUUUUUACCAAACAAUUUCGACGAUGGGACCAAUUUCAUAUUAAAAAUACACAUCAAGCAUUCUAUUUCUCUCGACUUAUGCAAUAAUGACUGUUUACUCAUUCAUUCUCAGUAUAAUUCUAUGUAAUUAGCUAUCGGUAGCUAGAUUAUGCUUGAUCUCUAGAAAAUUAAUAUUUGAGCGAUCUAAAUAAAGAAUUAAACCAAUUGUUGUGGCCUACAGACUGACGAUGAAGAAAUGUGAAAAAUUAGUGAUUAAAUGUUUAACUUUAAGAUUCAAUUUUCCAUCAAUCGUGUUGCGUUUAACAUUGAAUCCCACCUGAGGUAUUAGAAUUUAAGGUGCUCAUUAAUUUUUUUUUCGUUCUUAGAAGACUGCUGGGCUUAAUUGUCACGCCAUAAAUUUUUUUAGCUCAUAAAUGGUGAUUAAAAAAACAUUGAUUUUGAUGACUGAUGAAAAUAUAAGGAAAUUUUCGUGACAAAAGAUCAGAUGCGGCCCUUUCUCAAUAAUUGUCCAUUUUCUAUUUUGUUUUUUCAUGAUAGAAAAUUUUAUAAAGAUGUUUAUAAAUAUAUCCUUUUAGAAUGGCACUAUUAGUUACGUGCGAUUUCCUCUGGUAUUUAAAAUAAAUAUACGUUGUAUAAUAUUGCUGAAUACAAAAUUAAAAUAUUUUUUAGGAUUAGGCCGAGAGUAUAGGUUAUCGAUAUACUGAAUAAAAAAAAAUGGCUAUCACUGCCAGUGAUGGAUAAAUACUGUAAUGUUCAUUUUUUUUAUUAGUUUUCUUUAAGAGAUCGAGGGGUUUGAUGUGACUCGUCAGUAUGCGUGAAUUUAUAUCCGGAGUGAUUUAUAUUUGUUUCUCCAUAGAAAAAAUAUCAUAAAUAGAACACUAGCUUCGAUACAUUUUGCUAGAAAAUUUUUUAAAGAAAAGAAUUAUGUAAAUAAAUAAAACCCGAAAUGAUUGAAAAAUGAUAAAUUGUGCACACAAGUAAUAAAGACGAAGAAUAUAUCGGAAAGAAAAUAAAAGCCAGAAAUGUAUAAAAGCAUUCCUAUUUUUUCAGAAAUUACAGAUAAUGGAAGACAAAAAAAUUGAACAAAAUUAAUGGAUGAACUAUUGCAGGUUCCGAGUGAGAUAUUUCGAUGCAAUUACCAGACUGAUGAUGUCUUUUAGUCUUUUUCACCACAAACUACUUGGCAUUUUUUUUCUUCAAUUUUUGGACGUGUCAGCAAAGGGUUUUGAUCUACUCCAUUAUUUAGUUUCGAUUACUCAAUCUCCAUUGUCCCUUUCAUGCUGCACACACAUUCAUUAACCUUUAGGCUUAUAAAUUUUCUUCAUAUAAAUAAUUUUUGAAAUUUCACGUGCGAAUGUUUUUCAAGUGAACGAGAUAAACGAGUGAACGAUUUGAGUCAAAAAAUAUGUGCAGAAUAAUAAAAAUCAUAGAUGGUCAGUUGCAGUUAUUAUUCAUAGAGACAAACUAAUGAUUAAAAAAAAAUGGAGCCGAAUAUUUUUCGAAAUAAUCGAACUCUAUUUUUCGAGAGCUCAUUGAUCUAUUUGGGUCACAUGUAAAUAAUUCGGAUUAAUGGUAGCGUGAGGUCGUAGAAAAGCACGUGGAGUCGCGCCUGCGUAUAACUAUAUUAUAUAAAUGGUGUUUGCAUUUAUUAUAAAUUCUAUGUAGAGUGCAAAGGAAUGAAGAAAAAUAUAUACAUACAUAGGGGCGACAGAUAAAGAGUAAUUAAACAGAUAACGAACAAAAUAUAAUGAAAGGAUCUUUGAUUGUGUGUGAGACAUUCUGGGAAAUUCGCGAUUACGGGUCAAUUGGACACGUGGUUACGAUUUCGAGACUAUUUUGUUUGACUAAUCAAGGAUUUUAUUUUCACUCGUCAAAAAUGAAGUUUCUGUUUUUUCUUUUCAAAUCAUAUUUCAUAUAAAUCUAGAAUUGUCGAAGAAAGCCUGCAUAUAAUAUAAUAGAGUAUAGCGAAUGUAUAUUACGAUUGUAAUGAGAACAAUUUUCUUAAAAUACAGCUGACUUGGAUAAAAGUUUAUUAUCACAUUUUUUUUUUUGGCUAAUUUUUUUUUCUCUCGAUUUGACUCUCAUGCUAGUUUUGUUCGAUUUUAUUAUAUUUAUUCAUAUAUUUUAGAAUGAAUUGGAAAUUAUUUAAACCACGCUCCUUCAAAUCCUGCAUCGCGAAUUCCAGAGAUAAUGACUUUCGCGAUUUAAUAAACGCGAAAACGAAAUUCGGUGUGGAGUUUAAAGUAUGUAAUCAGCAAAUGUACUCGAUGCAUUGGGAAUUUCUGUUGUGGUGUGUAGAAAGGACAAUGACCUAGGCACGUAAACAAGUUAUUCUUCAAUCGAAUCCCGGAAAAAAUAUCCCAGGGAAAAAAUAUUCCACACAUUCAAAACGUGUUAAA